CCCCGGCCGUCCCCUGAUUUGACCCUGCCUGCCAUGACACGUGGUGUGAAGAAGGAUAAGGCGGAUAAGGCCAUGCCAACGACAUCUCCUUCUCUUUCCCUGGCGGCCUCAUCUUCCAGGUAUCUGCCGCUGUUUGGACAACCACGCGGAGCUGUGAGGUCCGGACCGGAUGUCGCGGUCUGGAAUCACGGUCAGGUUGCUACCGGACUCUUGGGCCUGGAGAAGUGCGGAGGUACGGGCUGGAUGCCGCGGUCUGGAAUCACUGUGAGGCACGUGUUGCCGUAUGCCAAAACAUGGACGCUUCCACGGACAGCAUGUUGCGACUGGCUGCAUCUACUGGUAAUGUCUUCAGUUUCCAUAGCCCAUGCUCAUUUGCAUUGGCUUGUCUUGCAGUGCUUGGAUCCUAGCAGCACCACGUCUAUUUCACUCUGUGUUGCAGCGAUGCCCACCCGGCGCGCGAUGCUCGCUGGUGCUUCCCAAGGCUCGCGCGACAUUCGCACAGCUUUUCGUUCUGCUGCCUCGGCUUCGGUGAUUGAUCUCACGAAAGAGCCUGCGGCAACGUCCGCGAAGCCAACCUCGCGGACUUUGACCCCACUGCAAGAGGCAACUUUGCUGCAGUGGCCUGAAGACUCCUUGCGCGCCACCUGCAAUGCCUGGAUGUGCAUGGAUGAUGACCCGCCGCCGCUGCUCUUGCAAGCAAAUCUUCAGUUGCUUCCAGCAGCGUUCGUUGAGUCGUUUGAGUUGCAGCUCCCCCCUCACCCCGAUGGUGUCCAAGAAGUGAGGCAGGCACUUGCUGUUGCAACAGCUUGGUUGGACCUUCAGCAAGCCGAGUUGACCGACGUCACCACGGUGGGUCCAUAGAGGGAUUCUCCAGCAUCAGCCGGUCUUUCACCUGCAAGCGCCGGGUGGCUGCUAUUUGCUUUCCUCUGGUCAGACACAACGUUGACCUCGUGCUCAGAGGAUCCACCGUUGCACAAAGGACAAGAGUUCCAACAGGAGACACAAGCCGUUGUCGUGAGGAUCGGACAAUGUCGUGAG